AUGCCGGCGUCGAGCGAUGCGCCGUCGACGACGCCCGCGACGCGCGACGCCGACGCGCGGUCGCGGCGCGUCGUCGCCAAGGCGCUCGCGGAUAACGCGCUCGUCGCGCUGUGGGUCGGGACGAGCGCGAUCGUCAUCUUGUUCAAUAAAUACAUCCUCACCGCGUACGGGUUCCCGUUCCCGGUCGCGCUGACGAUGACGCACAUGCUGUUCUGCUCCGUCGUGGCGUUCGUGAUCGUGCGCGCGCUGAAACUGGUGCCGGCGAGCGAGGGGGUGACGAGGGAGGUGUACGCGACGAAGAUUACGCCGAUAGCGGCGCUGUUCGCGGUGUCGCUGUGGGCGUCGAACACGGCGUACGUGUAUUUGAGCGUGGCGUUCAUACAAAUGCUGAAAGCGCUGAGCCCGGUGGUGGUGUACGCGAUCGGGUGUUCGAUAGGCGUGGAACGGUACUCGCACGAGCGAUUGGCGAACAUGGCGGUGGUGACGCUCGGGGUGAUGAUCGCGUCGUACGGGGAGCUGAAUUUUAAUUUUUUUGGGUUCGCGGUGCAGCUCGUGGCGGUGCUCGCGGAAUCGUGUCGAAUCAUCGCCGUGCAGCUGGUUUUGGGGAAAGCAAAUCUGAAGUUGAACUCGAUCACGACGCUGUAUUACGUUUCGCCCGCGUGCUUUGUGUUUUUGAUCGUCCCGUUCGCGAUGCUGGAGCUUCCCAGGCUGGCGUACGGCUUGGAGGUGACGCAUUCGGUGCGUUACUCCGCGGGCAUCAUGCUCGCCAACGCAAUGUGCGCGUUCGCUUUGAAUGCGGUGAUUUAUUUGCUCAUCGGUCGAACGAGCGCGUUGACGCUCAACGUGGCGGGCGUGGUGAAGGACAUGUUCCUCAUCGGCAUCAGUUCGGUGAUUUUCGAGGCGCCGAUAUCUGCCACGCAGCUCGUCGGUAGUUUGAUCGCGUUCGGGGGCGUGUGCUACUAUAAUUACCGCAAACUGAACGAUGCGUUCGCGGCGGCGGCGGCGGCGCCGACGCAAGGCGAAGUCGGGCCGAAGCGAGACAGUCAGGCUUAG